AUGUCAAAUCUAAUAGCCUCUCCUUCAAAGAAGGCUUAAUUUAAAUUUAGCAAGGAGCGAUUCCAAUAUAGAAGCCUCUAUAAACAAGAGAUGCCGAUAGAGGAAGAUUAUGAUCCAAAUGCUAAUCAAAAAGUGGCUCUGAGUAAGGAAGAAUAUUUCAUUCAGAAAAGAGAUGAGAAUAACUCAAUUGAUUUGCAGCAACUGCUAUUAAGCAAAGGAGUUGAUUUUAAUGACCCGACUUAACACUUAAGAUAGCUUCCGUUACAAAUACAUGAUGAUGUCGGAUUGGAGCAGGUGUUUGUGGAUGACCGAAUAGAGUUUGAGAAUGUUUUAUUUGAUGAGUAGCCUUACGAAGUAACAGCUAAAAUUGUCAUUUGUAAUGGAAACGAUGUGACAUUUGAAAGAGGGUAGGUGAUUGGAUACGAUGAAGCAAAGAGGAAAUUCAAAUGUGUAAUGCCCUCUUUGGGGAAACGCCUGAUACCAAGAGUCUAUUUGUGUUUCGAUCACGAGAAUCAUAACAAGUGGGCUGAUCGAUUUGCCUACGCCUGGUACCACAGAAUAGUUGCUCAUUCCCUUCUCAAGAAGAGUGCCUUCAUCCAAUGUAUGCCCAGAGAUCAUUUGCCAGAUAUGCCCAAUGAAUAGAAAAAGAAAAUCGAAGACUUAAUAAGGAAGAACAAGAAACUUGAGUUCAGUGAAAUAAGUGCCUUAAUGAUGGAUGCUGCCAUUGAUUAUUAACUGUUAAUGAAUAGAAUUCUGUUCGAUUAUCAUUUGACAGCCAAUCCAACAGAUCUUGUGCCUCAUGGAUUGGUGCUCCCUGAAGUUCCCCCCAAAAAGGACCCAAAUUACUAUGGAAUGUUAGCAUUGGAAGCAAAAAAAGGGGCGAAGGAAAUUUACAUGUGGACACCUCAUGAAGUGUUCUUUAAUGAGCCUAAGAGCUUCACAGAGAUAUUCAAAGAGUUCUUGUUGAACAGUAUCAUGGCUAGUCCUGAAUCAGUGAAAUGUUUACAAUUGAUCACUGAAAAGUGCAAUCAAUUACAGGAAUUGGAGUUCUUUUACAUCAAUGGAUAAAGUCAAUCUCCUUAUAAGUUGGAGGAAUUCAAAUAAAAUAAUGAUUCAUAAUUGGUUACAUCUAUGAGCAAAUUGAGGAAGGAUUUUAUGGAAGAUGUUGAGAAGAUCAUCAUUAAGUAAUUUGGAGACAAGGAAUAACAACAGAAAGAAAAAGAUAAAGAGAAAGAUAAGGAUAAGGAGAAAGAAAAGGAGAAAGAGAAAGAAAAGGAGAAAGAGAAGGAAAAGGAGAAAGAAAAAGAAAAAGAUAAUAAAGAAAAGGAAGACAAAGAAAAACCCAAGGACAAGGAAAAAGAGAAAGAGGUUGAGAAAGAUAAAUACAAAUCUUGGUACACCCAAUAUAAAUGGUUCAAUUUAAAAGAAACAGAUAGAAAUAAUUAUGAGAAAGGAAGACUCAAGAAAUUUUUUGCUUGUGUUAGAUUGAUGAUUCAAGAUGCUAUCUUAAAUUUAUCACAAAAGUCAUUCAACAAUUAUGACAAGUAUAUUAGAAGUUACAUACCUAAUAAUGUUAUUAUCAAUGGACCUGAUGAUGUAAUAAAUGAGUUUGCAGAUGGGUUGGUUUUAAGUCAGAAAAAUCCAGACAGCUUCUAUGAUCCAAGAGCUGUGAAACCCUUAUUUACAAUUGAAUUGCUCAAGGCAAUCAAUGAGGAUAACUUCUGUUACUCUACAAUGAUCAGAAAUUAUGCAACUACAAUUUUGAUUAUCUUUAAUAAGGCUUUGGAGGAUUUAGCCAAGAUUCCUGAUUUAGAGCCCAAAUUAAUGAAGGAGAUAUUCAAAGGAACAAGAUCAGAAAUGUAUUAUAAGGUUCCUCAGAAGUCUCAGAUCACAAAUGAUCCAUUUGGUAAUUAAGAUCCCUAUUUCUUCGAUGAAAACAUUUGGGUGAAUAAAUUGUUUGAUGCACUCAGUGAACACUUGGAUAAAUCCUUUGUGGCAUUGGAUGAGUAUUUGAAGUGCUUCUAAGUUUACAAAGAGAUCCUAAUGAUAAGACCAGAAGAAUACAUUAAGACAGUUGAUAAUGAGGAAAAACCAAAGGAGACAGAGUUGAUCAGAGAUGAAGUAUUGGAAUUGUAAAAGAAGGAAGAGAAGUUGAAAUUACAAAUACCUGACUCUAUUUAAGUUGGCUGUUUCAAGGUGAAUUGCAAAGAGAUCAGUUAAUUAUUGACAGGAAAAUAUUAAUAGUUGUACAAAUUGCUUAUAGAAGUGAUAGUGAAAAGAGCGAAAUAAUCAACAUUGGCUUUGUAUGAUGAAGUUUAGAAGGUGAAAUUGCGAUUGAAUGAACCUCCAGUUGACAUUGAAAAGCUCACAGAAAUAAAACAAUAUAUGGCUAAUCUGCCUCAAGAAUUGGAAAAGAUGAAGGAAGAUAUUGAUAAGUCUUGUGAAUUAUAUGAUUUGUUAGAGCCAUUCAAAGUGAGAUUCUAGCCUGAGGACAUUCAAAGAAGAUGGUAGGUCUAUGGUGGGCCUAAAGAAAUCCUGGAAUUAGUGGAUGUGAGAUCGUAGGCAUUAGAAAAGGAGAAGAGCAUAUUCUAAGACAAAAUGAAAUAGGAGUAGGAUUUCUUUUUAGAAUAAGUGAAAUCAUUGUAGAUAACCAUCUCAACAUUCUAUUCAUAUUAAAAUAUGGAUGAUCACGAGAGUGUUGCUUAGAGAGUUAGAGGAAUCAAUGAUUAGUUACAAAAGUUUUAAGAGAAUGCAAGGCAAUUCAAUUCAAGAGAACUGUUGUUUGAAAUGGAAUAAACUGAUUACAGUGUAAUAUAGCAAAUGGUUAAGGAGUUCAGACCAUAUUCAGAUUUGUGGUUGACUACCAAUCAAUGGUUUAAGAAUAUUGAGCAUUGGAGGAAUGACGAUUUUGAAAAGUUGGAUGCAGAUUACUGUGAAAAAUUCAUGGAGGAAGCCUACAAGACGACUGCAUUAGUGAAUAAGCAUUUUAAUGAUAAGGAUAUUCAGCCAGUUUUGAAAAUUGGUUAGAACAUCCGAUCUUACUUGGAGGAGUUUAGACCAAAGGUUCCAUUGAUGGUUGCUUUGAGGAAGCAGGGGAUGAAGGAAAGACAUUGGGAGUAGGUAUCCUAGAAGUUGGGGUAGGAAGUCAAGCCUGCUCCUGGAUUUACAUUCACUAAGGCCAUCGACAUGGGUUUGAUGAAGAUAGUUGAGGAUUGUAUGGAGAUAGGAGAAAGAGCUUAUAAGGAAUUCUAGAUUGAAACAAUGCUCAACUCUAUGAUGGCUUAAUGGGAAUAGAUCAAUUUCGAUGUAGUCGGAUAUAAGAACAUCUCCUUUAUCAUUAGAGGAUUCGAUGAUAUAGGCAAUACCCUGGAUGAACAUAUUGUCAAUACUUAGGCUAUGCUUUUCUCGCCUUUUAAAAAGCCUUUUGAAGGACUUCUGAAUGAUUGGAACAGCACUUUGAAGAAGGUCAGUGAUAUUCUUGAAGUUUGGGCUAAGGUGUAGGUGAAUUGGAUGUAUUUGCAACCCAUUUUUGACAGUCAAGACAUCAUAAAGUAAUUGCCCUUGGAAUCAAAGAGAUUCAAGGCUGUUGAUCAAAAUUGGAAGUUGAUUAUGAUUAAUUCAAAGAAUACUUUGAAUGUCUUGAAGGUUUGUUCUGCUGAAGGAUUGUUAGAGAAGUUGACAGAGGGGUAUAAUAGUUUGGAAUAAAUUCAAAAGGAAUUGAACAAUUAUUUGGAGAGAAAAAGAGAAAGAUUCGCUAGGUUUUAUUUCUUAUCCAAUGAUGACUUGUUGGAAAUAUUGUCAUAGACCAAAGAACCAACUGCAGUGCAACCACAUUUAAGAAAGGUGUUUGAGAAUGUUAAUCAAAUUGAAUUCGAUGGCAGCAAGAAGAUUCAUGCGAUGUUCUCAGCAGAAGGAGAAAAGAUCAAUUUUGUUAAAGUCAUUGAUCCAAAUCAUAAGAAUGUAGAAGACUGGAUGAAUGAUGUUGAAGACUAGAUGAAAUAGAGUGUUAGGGCUGCUUUACUUAAUUCUGUCCAUUAGUAUGUGGAAGUUCCAAGAAUCAAAUGGGUCACUAUGCAUCCAGGACAAUGUGUAUUGAAUGGAUCCUAGGUUCAUUGGACAAAGGAAGUUGAAACUGCCAUCAAGGGUUAGAAUGUUAAGACUUAUUUGGAAUUAUUAUAAGGGUAAUUGAAUAACUUAGUCGAUUUGGUGAGAACUAAAUUAACCAAGAUGCAAAUGGUUACUAUAAAUGCAUUGAUUGUUAUUGAUGUGCAUGCUAAGGAUGUUGUGGAGUUGUUGCAAAAAGAAAACGUUGAAGAUGUCUCAGCAUUCGAAUGGAUAUCAUAAUUGAGAUAUUAUUGGGAAUAGGAUAAUUGUUUUGUGAAAUGUAUUUAAACUAACUUCCCUUAUGGUUAUGAGUAUUUAGGAAACACUUUGAGAUUGGUCAUUACUCCAUUGACAGAUAAAUGUUAUAUGACAUUGAUGGGAGCAUUGAAAUUGAAUUUAGGUGGUGCACCAGCUGGUCCAGCAGGUACUGGUAAAACUGAAUCUACUAAGGAUUUAGCUAAGGCUUUGGCAAAACAAUGUGUGGUGUUUAAUUGUUCAGAUUAGAUGGAUUACAUAAUGGUAGGAAAGUUCUUUAAAGGAUUGGCAAGUGCAGGAGCAUGGGCUUGCUUUGAUGAGUUCAAUCGUAUCAACAUUGAAGUGCUAUCAGUUAUUGCACAGUAAUUGUUAAUUCUCUUUGGUAAGAAGGCUGAAGGUGCUGCAUCUGCAGACUUUGAAGGCAGUUCUAUUCGUUUAGAUCCAACCUUCUCUGUGUUUAUUACCAUGAAUCCUGGUUAUGCAGGUAGAACUGAAUUGCCUGACAAUCUUAAAGCCUUGUUCAGACCAGUGGCUAUGAUGGUUCCAGAUUACGCUUUGAUUGGAGAAAUUAUGCUUUAUUCUUUCGGAUUUAAGAAAGGUAGAGAAUUGGCUAAGAAGAUGGUUUACACAUUUAAAUUGAGUUCAGAAUAGUUGAGUUCCUAAGAUCAUUACGAUUAUGGUAUGAGAGCAGUGCGAUCUGUUAUUAAUGCUGCAGGUCUAUUGAAGGCAGCUGACCCCGAUUAAGACGAAGAUCGAUUAUUGUUGAGAGCCUUGAUGGAUGUCAAUGUGCCUAAGUUCUUGAAGGAUGAUCUGCCACUCUUUAGCAACAUUAUUAAAGAUCUAUUUCCAGGCAUUGAAAAACCAGAAGUUGACAUUGGAGAAUUGUUGGUGCAGAUAUAGGAAGCUUGCAAAUCAAUGAAUUUGCAGUGUACAGAAUCCUUCUUGGUUAAAAUCAAUUAAUUGUACGAUACAAUCCAAGUUAGACAUGGAUUAAUGUUGGUGGGACCAACAGGGGGAGGCAAAACCAGUAAUUACAAUGUAUUGGCUCGUGCCCUCUCAGCACUCUAAACCACCUUGUAUUAUAAGGUGCACACUCACAUCUUGAAUCCCAAGUCCAUUACCAUGGGACAGUUGUAUGGUCAAUUCAAUGAAUAAACAAGAGAAUGGAAUGAUGGUAUAUUAGCCUAUACAGUAAGAGAAGUUUGUAGAGAUCAAACAUCUGAAAGACACUGGAUUAUGUUCGAUGGCCCUGUUGAUGCUAUUUGGAUCGAAUCUAUGAAUACAGUCUUGGAUGACAAUAAGAAAUUAUGCUUGAAUUCAGGAUAGAUCUUGACCUUGACUCCUUACAUGACUAUGAUGUUUGAGGUUGAGGAUUUGGCUGUUGCAUCCCCUGCCACUGUUAGUAGAUGUGGUAUGGUUUACAUGGAGCCUGUCUCUUUGGGUUUACAGCCAUUAAUUAAAUCUUGGUUAAAUACCUUACCCCCACAUUGCAGAGAUAGACCUAAAAUAGUAACACAAUUAAGCAUGUUGUUUGAGCAAUAUUUAGAACCCACUUUAGAAUAUAUGAGGAGAAAUCUUAAAGAAGUAGUUGGUACUUUUAAUAAUAAUCUCACUUAAUCACUAUGUAGAUUACUUAAUUGUUAUUUACAUCAAUAUAAGGAUACAGAAAUUAAAAAGGUACCUAAAGAAGAUAUCGACAAUUUAGAAUAACAAAUUGAACCUAUAUUUGCUUUUUGUUUGACUUGGAGUUUGUGUUGCACUGUAGAUUAAGAUGGCAGAGAGAAGAUCAACAAUUAUAUUAAAGAGUAGUUUAGUAAAUCAAAGGCUACUUUCCCAUAAGAAGGAUCUAUUUUUGAUUAUCUCUUCAAUGAGCGUACCAAACAAUGGACACAUUGGGAUGACCAAUUCAAAUCCUAUGAAGUUGAUCCUAAAUUAUCUUACUCUGAAAUUCUGAUUCCCACCACUGACUCAACUAGAAACAUGCAUCUAAUGAAAACUCUCUUAUCCAACAUGUAUCACUGUCUAUUCCCAGGUCCCACAGGAACUGGAAAAACCGUUAAUGCUAUGAAUUUGUUGAUCUAAAGGAUGGGUGAAGACUAUCAAUAUAUGUCUUUGUCAUUCUCAGCAUAGACCAGUGCCAAUUAGACUUAAGACACAAUUGAUUCAAAGUUGACAAAGAGAAGAAAAGGGUAUUAUGGUCCUCCUCCUCCUAAGAAAUGCAUUAUUUUUGUGGAUGAUCUGAAUAUGCCUAAGAAAGAGGAAUAUGGAGCAUAACCCCCAAUUGAACUAUUGAGAUAAUACAUGGAUCACAAAGGUUGGUAUAAUAGAAAGGAAUUAUUCUUUAUGAAUUUGUAAGACAUAAUUUUAUUGUCAGCAAUGGGACCUCCUGGAGGUGGUAGAAGUGCUAUUACAAAUAGAUUGAUGAGACAUUACAACAUCAUUGCAUACACAGAAUUGGGUUAAUUAACAAUCAAAUAGAUAUUUGGAACCCUUGUGAGUUCAUUUUUGAGAAGAUUCAGUGAAGACAUAAGAAAUUAAAUUGGUAAUUUGGUAGACACAGUACUAUAAGUGUAUGAAAGAGUCAAGAGAGAACUCUUACCAACUCCUAAGAAGUCUCAUUAUACUUUUAACUUAAGAGAUAUUAAUAAAGUAUUUUAAGGAAUUUGUUCAGCUUCAUAGAAAUAUUGCACAGAUGCAAAAUCUAUUAUCUAAUUGUGGUUCCAUGAGAACAUGAGAGUUUUCCAUGACAGAUUGAUCAAUACAGAAGAUAGAGAAUAUUUGAUAUCGAUUUUAGAAGAAUUAUUUUCUCGUUUUGGUUAAGAGAAAUCGAAUAUCCUCAGUUUGGAUCGUAUAAUCUUUGCAGAUUUCUAAUAAGGUAGAGAUGUGGAACCCAGACAUUACUUUUUGGUUAAUGAUUUAAAGAAGCUAUCAAAUUAGAUGUAUGAGUUCUAGUAGGAGUACAAUGCAGAUCCUUCAUUUGCAGGAUUGGGUGGUAAAAAGUCAAUGAAGUUGGUGUUAUUCUUGGAUGCAUGCGAACACAUAUGCCGUAUAAGUAGAGUACUCAGACAACCAUAAGGAAACGCACUGCUAUUGGGAGUAGGAGGUAGUGGUAGAUAAUCUCUAGCAAAGAUGGCCACAUUCAUCUCAUAUUAUAGACUGUUUUAGAUUGAGGUGAUUAAGACAUACAACAUGAGAUCAUGGAGAGAAGAUGUUAAGAAAGUACUGAUGAUGGCAGGAGUUGAGAACAAAGGAGUGUCAUUUAUUUUUGUGGAUACUUAAAUCAUCAAUGAAUAGAUGUUAGAGGAUAUGAAUUCCAUAUUGAAUUCAGGAGAUGUCACAAAUCUCUAUUAAGAUAAGGACAUGGAUGAAAUUAUUACAUCAUGUAAAGGAGAGUGUCUGAAGAGAAACUUGUAGCCAACUCCCAAUAAUAUUUUUGCUUAAUAUUUAGCAAGAGUGAAGAACAACAUCCAUUUAAUAUUAGCGAUGUCUCCAUUGAGUGAUAAAUUCCAAACUCGUCUGCGUAUGUUCCCUUCACUUGUCAAUUGCUGUACCAUAGAUUGGUUCACAGAAUGGCCUGAAGAAGCCUUGGUAGGUGUAGGAAGAGGAUAGCUGACUGAAUAUGCAACUGAGUUUGGCUUUAGUGAAUAGUUAGAGAAGAUCGUUGAAAUGUGUAAGAUAAUGCAUAAGUCAGUCGAACAAGUUUCAGUCCAAUAUCAAUAGUAAUUGCGUCGUUAUAAUUAUGUCACUCCAACAAGUUUCUUAGAAUUAAUCACAAUGUUCAAGUCAGUCAAUAAUGAGAAGAAGAAUGAACUUAAAUUUUAAAUCAACCGUCUCAAGAGUGGUCUGGAUAAACUAAUUGCUGCAAAUGAGGCAGUCUCAGAAAUGCAGAUUCAACUUAAGGAUAUGCAACCGAAAUUGGAAGAAGCUGCUAUUGAAACAGAAAAGGUCAUGGCCAGAUUGGAAGUGGACAAAAAGGAGGCUGAUGAAACUCAAAAGAUUGUGUCAGUCGAAGAGGCAGAGGCUCAAAUAGAAACCAAGAAGGCUAAUGAAAUUAAGAGAGAAGCAGAAGAAUCAGUGGCUGAGGCCAAUAGAAUCUUAGAAACUACUUUGAUUGAAGUGUAGAAAUUGAAAAAAGAACAUUUAGUAGAAGUCAAGUCAUUACCAAAUCCUCCCAGAGCUGCUAUCAUCACUCUCGGAGGUUGUGUCAUUUUGUUAUAGGAUUUCAUCAAAGAAUAAGGUGGUGAAAUACAAAUGAUGAAAGAUGAAACAGGUAUGAAGAAAGUCGAAGAUUAUUUCAGCACAGCCAAGAAGUACUUACUUAAUGAUACAAAAUAACUCUUAGAUUAAUUAUUGGAUUACAAGAGAGACAAUAUUAAUCAAGCCUACAUCAGAAAACUGGAACAGAAGAUUAUUGGUGAUCCAGAUUUCAAACUAGAAAGAGCUAAUAUUUGCAGUUUAGCCAUCAAAUAUAUGUACAGUUGGUGCCAAGCCAUGUAUGAUUACAAUAAGAUCUUCUUGUAAACUCAACCAUUGAGAGAUAAAUUAGCAGAAGCUCAGAAGAUUGUGGAUUAGAAACAAGCCUUACUUAGAGUGAAAAAGGAGCAAUUAGAUGCAGUCAAUGCGAAAAUCAAGAGGUUGUAGGAGGAAUUCGAUGAAAAAGUCAAACUUAAGGAAGAUCUAUCAAAAAAGAUCUAAGAAUGUGAAAUUAAAUUAGUCAGAGCCUAAAAAUUGACUAGUGGAUUAUCAGAUGAAAAAACUAGAUGGACAGCCGAUGUUGAUAAACUCUAAUUAUAGGAACCUCUGAUUCCUGGUAAUUCCUUGUUGUCUGCUGCUAUGCUUGCUUAUGCAGGACCAUUUGUCUCUAGUUAUAGACAAGGGUUAGAGAAUAAGUGGAGAAAGAACCUAAUCGAAUUGGCCAUCAAACAUACUGAACAUAUCUCCAUGGUUCAAUUUUUGGGAGUACCUGUUAAAAUAUAAUCUUGGAAUAUUGCAGGAUUACCUAAGGAUGAUACAUCCAUUGAAAAUGGUAUCAUUAUUGAUAAGAGCAGAAGAUAUCCUCUGAUGAUUGAUCCUUAAAAUUAGGCCAAUAAGUUCAUUAAGAAUAUGGGUAAGGAACAUGCUGAGGGUAUUGAAGUGUUGAAGGUGAACGACCCCAAUCUUAUGAGAACUCUUGAAUUGGCUGUCUAAUUUGGUAAAUAGGUGUUGAUUGAAAAUGUGGGAAAGGACUUGGAUCCUUCUUUCGAUCCCAUUCUCUUAUAACAAAUUGUUAAAAGUGGAUCAUCUCUCACUAUUACUUUGGGCGAAAAGACAUUAUCAUUUAAUGACAAAUUUAAAUUCUUCCUCACCACUACCAUACCGAAUCCUCAUUAUCCUCCUGAGACCUUUGUCAAGGUUACUAUUAUCAAUUUCGCUAUUACUCCAAGUGGAUUGGAAGAUCAGAUGUUAGCAUUGAUCGUGGCUCUUGAAAACCCUUAAUUGGAAGCUAAUAAAGUGUAAAUUGUGAGAAAGAAUGCUGAGGAUAAGAAACAAUUAUUAUUAAUCGAAGAUGACAUUCUCAAAUCACUUUCAGAAGGUGCCAACGAUAUCAAUGAAGUAUUAAUGGAUGAGACUCUAAUUAAUAAAUUGUAAAACAGUAAGAAAUUCGCAGCAGAAAUCAAUUAGAGAGUGGCUGAUUCUAAGAUUACUGAGGAGUAAAUCGAUCAAGCAAGAGAGGGUUACAGACCAGUUGCCUUUAGAGCAUCAUAAUUGUUCUUUUGCAUUGUGGAUUUGUCAGGAAUCGACCCAAUGUAUCAAUACUCAUUACAAUGGUUUAUGAAUUUAUUCUCAAUGGGAGUUGAGAAUGCUCCAGCAGCCAAAGAACACGAAGUUAGAUUGACAAAUCUGAAUGAUUAUUUCACUUUCAGUUUGUAUGAGAAUGUGUGUAGAUCACUCUUUGAGAAACACAAGUUACUCUUCUCUUUGAUGUUAACCAUAAAGAUUCUCUAAGGAUAUAAGUAACUGAAUGAAGAGGAGUGGAGAUACCUAUUGACAGGACCGAUGGGUGAUAUCAAAAUAAAGUAGAAUCCAACUAAAUGGAUAGCUGAAAACACUUGGCCAGACAUGUACAGACAGGUUUAUGGAAUGUCCUAAUUGCCAGCCUUUAAGGGAUUUGAAGAGUUUUGGAUAACCAACACUGAAUUGUUUAAACCACAUUAUGAUUCGACUGAACCCCAUGUUAUGGAUCUACCAGGAGAGUGGAAUUCUAAAUUGGAUGAGUUCUAAAAACUGAUCUUCAUUAAGUCAUUCCGUCCAGAUAAGGUAAUUCCAUGUGUGUAGAAUUUCAUAUCCCACAAAAUUGGUAAGCAAUUCAUUGUCCCACCUCUAUUCGAUUUAGCCAAAUGCUAUAAGGAUUCCACAAUGUAGACUCCAUUGAUCUUUGUAUUGUCUGCUGGAUCAGAUCCUGUGGCAGAUUUCUUGAAGUUUGCAGAAGAGAAGGAGAUGCUUAAAAGAUACGAAUAGAUUUCAUUGGGAUAAGGUUAAGGUCCCAAAGCUGAAAAGAUGAUCAGAGCAGCCAGACAAAAAGGAGGAUGGGUUUUAUUAUAGAAUUGUCACUUGGCAGCAUCUUGGAUGAGUGAAUUGGAACGUAUCUGUGAAGAUAUCGAUGAGAGUGCAAGCAAGGAUUACAGAUUAUGGUUAACCAGUAUGCCAACUAAUUCCUUCCCAAUCUCAGUUUUAUAGAAUGGUGUAAAGAUGACUUUAGAACCACCCUCAGGAUUGAGAUCUAAUUUGUUGAGAUCUUAUGCUAGAUUAGAUGACAAUGAAUUGUAAAGUGGAUGCAAGAAACCUGAAAUAUUCAAGAAAUUGAUAUUCGGGUUCUGCUUCUUCCAUGCUAUCAUUCAGGAUAGACGUAAAUUUGGUCCCAUCGGUUGGAAUAUUGCCUACGAAUUUACUAAUGAAGACUUGAAUGUGUGCAAGAGAUAAUUGGUUAUGUUAUUGGAUGAAUACGAAGAAGUCCCCUACAAAGUGUUAAACUAUUUGGGUAGUGAAAUCAAUUAUGGUGGCAGAGUGACAGAUGAUAAAGAUGUUAGAUUGAUCAAGACUAUUUUGAGAACCUACAUUAAGAAAGAGGCAUUACUUGAUAACUUCUCCUUCUCCAAAAGUGGCACUUACUUUUCACCUCCUUCUGGGUUGUAGGCUGAUUACAUGAACUAUAUUGAGAGUCUUCCUCUGAAUCCUGCUCCAGAAGUCUUCGGAUUGCAUGAGAAUGCAGACAUCACCAAUGCCCAAAAUCAAACCAUCAUGCUUCUUGAAACCAUUCUCUCAGUUCAACCAAGAACGAGUUCAUCUGCAGGAAAGACCAGAGAAGAAUAGAUUGAGGAUCUGGCUAAUUUUGUCUAAGGAAAGACACCUCCAGUUUUCGAUUAUGAUGGCAUUUUCAUCAAAUAUCCAACUGAUUAUCAGGAGAGUAUGAAUACUGUGUUGGUUUAAGAAGUCUUGAGAUACAACAGGCUAUUAGAGGUAAUGAUUGAGUCCUUGGUUAAUGUGAAAAAGGCAUUGAAGGGAUUGGUUGUGAUGUCUGAAGACUUGGAGAAACUAUCUAAUUCUCUUUAUGAUAACCAAGUACCUAAGAUGUGGGCAGAAAAGGGAUUCCUGUCAUUGAAACCAUUGGCUUCAUGGACUUAAGACUUGAAUGACAGAGUAGCCUUCCUAUAAAAAUGGGUCGACGGAGGAACACCAGCAACAUUCUGGUUCUCAGGAUUCUUCUUCCCACAAGCAUUCAUAGCAGGUAUCACUUAGAAUUAUGCUCGUAAACAUGUCAUCGCAGUUGAUCUUGUUUCAUUUGAAUAUUAAGUCAGAGACGAUUUAGAAAUCUCUAAAAUAGUAGACAAACCCAGUGAUGGAUGUUAUGUCUAUGGUUGCUAUUUAGAAGGAUGUAAAUGGGACUCAAUAAAGCAUGUGCUAUCUGAAUCUACUCCCAAAGAAUUGUUUAGUGAUUUACCAGCUGUCUAGUUGAUACCCAAGAAGAAUAGAGUCAUUCCCAAAACUGGAAUCUAUAAUUGUCCCUUGUACAAAGUAGUAUCAAGAGCAGGUACCCUCUCGACUACAGGACAUUCAACAAACUUUGUGAUGUGGUUAGAAUUUGCUUCAGAUCAAGAAGAAGACAUUUGGAUUAAGGCAGGAGUGGCAGCUUUCCUUGCCCUCAGAUAUUGA